UGUUGUUGUCUGUCACCGGGAGCUGCUCCGCAGCCUUAUCCAUACGAGUAAAAUCUCAGAAGUAGUUACGAACACUGGAUUAAAAAUGUCUUUCUCAAGAGCGCCUUUAAAAAGGUUCAACGAGAACGUAGGUUGUGCACCUCCACCGGGGUCCUAUGAGAUUAAACCUGGAGAUCUGAAGGGAGCUGCUUCCUUCGACAAAUCCGAUCGAUUCAGACUUGUUAAAGCAGCCGCUCUGCCGCCACCAUCGCCCUCUAGAAAUGCCCUGGUGUCACCUGUCCGAAGGACUUUGUCGGUCGAUGGUCUUAUUGAAGGUUCAGCUGUAAAGAAAGAGAAGAAUGGGAUGACCAUCGAAAAGAAGCAGCACAAACUCUUGGAGAAAGAGAUACGGUCCCUGGUUCAGCAGCGAGGGGAGCAGGACCGUCGCUUGCUGGCUCUGGAAGAGGAUCUGAAGAAAGCGGAGGCUAAGCUGCUGGCUGCAGUCAGGGAGAGGACAGGCCUUGCUGCCAAUGUUACCACCCUGGAAAGACAGCGGGCUGAGCUCAAGAAAGUCAAUGAGUUCCUAAAAAACAAGGUUUCUGCUGAUACUACAAAAAAAAGAAUCAAUUCUCUCACAAUGGAGUUGAUGGAGGCCAGGAACACUUUGGAUGUUAAAAAGAAGGAGUUAAGUCUCCUGCAGAUAAACACUGAAGGUCAAUUGAAGGUGCUACAAACUGACCUCCAAGCUGCCGGAGCUACUGUCACUGCUCUAAACGACAGGAAUAAAGACCUGGAGGACCUUCAUCAAGUGACAAAAACUCAGAACGAACAGUUGGAGAAUGAGAAUGCUAGAUUGCAUGCUGUGAUACGGGAGCUGAGGGAGGAGAUCAGAGUUGUGCAGGGAUACCUGGACACAGCCAAUGACCAGAUCCAGGAUCUCCGCUUGAAGCUCCAAGAGAAGACACAGGAGAACACUGUGGCUGGUUCUCAGAUGGAGAAAAUAAAGAAACUAGAGACUGAACUAGAGCAACGCACUCUUGAACUAGAAAGCACUAUCGACAUGCUGAGACAAAAAGAGGAAGAAGCACAGAAAUUCCAGCAAGAGCUGCAGGUGUCAAAGGAUGCUUUAGUGCAGGUGGAGAAGAGGUUGGAGAACCAAGAGCUGGAGCUUAAUUCCUCCCAAAAGUCAGCGAGUGACAUGGAAGAGCAAAUUAAAUCAGCCAACCAAAAAGUCCAAGAGUUUCAGGCUACAGUUCGACAGCAGGAGGCAGAGCUUGCUCGACUGAGGGAGGUGCUCAGAAGGACGGAGAAGGAGCUGGAUGAGCGAGUGGCACAUCUUGAACAGAGAUAUCUGUUCUCUGAAGAAGAGAGAAGCAAGACUCAGGAGCAGGGGCUGCGGAGAGUGGAGGAGUUGAAAACAGAGCUCGCCUUGCUAAAGGAAGCUAAAAGAGAUGAGACAAAGAGACAGAUUCAACUCGAGCAGGAACACGCUACUCUUACUGAGGAGCUGAAGAAAGAAAAAGCACUGGUGGACUCCCUGUCUGUGCUGGUGGAGCAGGAGAGGGAGGACUCUGAGGAGCAGUUGAGACGGCUGAAGGAGGAGAUGGAGGAGGUGCUAGGAGAGCUCGCUCUCCUGGAGGAUCAGGAGCAGAGGAGGCAGGGGGAGGCGGAGAGCAGUCAGGAGGCCCUCCAGAGGCUGCAGGAGGAAAACAACGAGCUGGAGAGACAGCUGAGUGACACCAGGGCUGUGUUGGAGAGUAAAGGCAAUGAUGUGGCAGCUUUAAAAGAGGAGCAUUUCACAGCCAUGAGAGGACUGCAGGAGGCACACACAAACUCGCUGAGCAAGAUGGCAGACAUUGUGACAGAGCUGGAAAGCACCAAAGAGGCUCUGAAGGGAGCAGAGGGAAGACAGAAAACACUGGAAGCAGAAGUGGAGAGAGUGACCCAGCAGAUGAAGGAGGAGAUGGACAGAGUGGUUCAACAGAAAGAUGAGGAGAUCAGCAGAGUGAAGGAGGGGUUAGAGGAGCACCAGGAGAGACAGUUAGCUGAAGCAAAAGCCAGGGAGGAGAAUUCAAGAAUGUUGCUGGAGGUGCAGACUCGCCUUGCACAAAAAGAUGAGGAGAUGAAGGCGAUGGAGGUGAGCCAUGCUGACCUCAUCAGUCAGCUGCAGCAGGAGCUUCAGCUGCAGACAAAGGAGAGAGCAGAGGUACUCAGGCAACUAGAGGAACAGAGGGGUCAAAGCGUAACUCAGCUCCAAAUUGAGAAGGAAGAAGCCCAGAAACUGCUAAAGGAGGUCAACCAGGAAAAAGAGGAAAAAAUGGAACAGCUCCAACAAGAAAGGGAAGAGAAAGUUAAAAUUCUGACAUCCCUUCAGGAGGAGAGGGAAGCGUUGGAGGUUGAAAGGAAAGACCACCAGCAGGUCAGGUCAGAGGUGCUCAGACUACAGAUCGAGCUUGAAAGAGUAACCGAGGAAAGCAAGAGCCUUCUGUCUCAGGUAGAACUCGGAGACCAGUCCAGGCUUGCGCUCCAAAAUCAGCUAAACAUGGCAGAGCAUGACAGAGAUCAGGUUCAGUCUCGCCUGAAUGAGGCCGAACGAGGGAGUGUGAACUUCCAGAUCCAAUUAGACCUCAUGGAGGAGAAGACGCGGGCCGUGCAGCACGAGUUGGAAGAACAACGACAAGACAGACGGGCUCUGCAGGAGCAGGUCGAGGUACUGACUCAGGAAAAGGUUACACUGCAGUGGGAGAUGGAGGAGCAGCGACAGGACCUUCAAAGACAGAUAACCGAAGCACAGGAGAAAAGCUCUACAAGUUCAGAGACAGAGCACUGGAGGAAACAAUAUGAGGAGCUUUUUGCGAAAGUCAGGCCCUUCCAGGAACAGCUCGAUGCGUUCGCCGCAGAGCGAAAUGCACUACUCAAUGAAAACGGAGCGAAUCAGGAGGAGUUGAACAAGUUGUCCGGGGCUUACGCUCACCUGCUGGGCCACCAGAACCAGAAGCAGAAGAUCAAACAUGUGAUGAAGCUGAAAGAUGAGAAUAUCGCCCUAAAACAGGAGAUGUCUAAGCUUCGGUCCCAGCUGAGCCGGCAGAAGAGUGAUCUGGAACAUCUCAAGUCAAAGCUCCCUGGUGCUCCUCGACGUAGGUUUGAUCCCAGCAAAGCUUUCCAACAUGACAAGGAGAACAGGCAAACUGAAACAAGUGAACCUCUUAAAGAAGGAAAUCAUUAUGCCUAAUGGAGCUCUUCCACCAGACAAGAACUGACAACUAAUUGGCUGCCAAAUUUAAUGACUAUGGUUUGGUCUGUUUUAAUACUUAUCAACUUCUGAUGUUAUACAGCAUUUUUUGUCAGAUUGUUACACAGAGCAUUUACUGUGUGUGCGCGCGUGUGUGUGAAAAUAAUGAGGAAAUAGAUGGUACCCACAAUCCAGAGAACAAAAUUUGUAGUCAGCAUAAAAAUGUGAAAUGCUUCUUGUUGUUAAAUGUGGCUCUGUGUUUGUAUUUCUGUAACUUCUUUAGCAGUUCUUGGGGGAGUAGAACUAGUAGUAUUUCUUGCAGGAUAGCUCUUUAUGAAUCUUCUUUCCAA